UUCCUCCGUACAGUAAACAAACCAGCGAGGAAAAGCUCAACUGAGACAGAGCGAGCGAGGAACAAUGGCGGUUGAAGAAAUUUCUGCGUCGUCGAGCGCUGCCGAGGAGAAUAUCAAUCCCAACACUGCGAGCUCUAUCUCUUUAGGAGUUCACUUUCCGGCGAUUGGUAAUUCCGGCGGCGGAGAGGAAGGUGUGUUGAAAGGAGGAAAGACCGUGUGCGGCGACGGCGAUGUCGAUGAGUUGGAGAAAUCGACCCCCGUUAUUCGGCAUCCGCAUCCGCUCCACAAUUCUUGGACAUUCUGGUUCGAUAAUCCGUCUUCAAAAUCGAAGCAAGCCACUUGGGGAAGCUCCAUGCGAUCCAUGUACACAUUCGCCACCGUCGAGGAGUUUUGGAGUCUUUACAAUAACAUGUAUCAUCCGAGCAAGUUGGCUCCAGGGGCUGACUUGUAUUGCUUCAAACAUGAAAUGGAGCCGAAAUGGGAAGACCCUGAGUGUUCAAAUGGAGGGAAGUGGACAAUGAUCUUCCCGAGGGGGAAAUCGGAUACCAACUGGCUUCACACGUUACUUGCUAUGGUCGGUGAGCAAUUUGACGAGGGGGAUGAGAUUUGCGGAGCGGUUGUAAACGUAAGGCCGAAACAAGAUAAGAUCUCUCUGUGGACCAAAAACGCUGCAAACGAGCAAGUUCAGAUAAGAAUUGGGAAACAAUGGAAGGGACUUGUUGGGUACGGCGAAGAAAUUGUUUUCAUAGUCCAUGAGGAUGCUAAGAAGCUUGAUCGAGCUGCUAAAAGUCGGUACACUCUAUGAUUGAGCUUGUUCAUAAUACAUUUGUGCGUUUUUGUUCCUUAUUCCUGUUGAGAUGCAGUGGAAUUGCAGUUUUUCGGAUAAAAGAUGAGUUGUAGUUUUCCUCAACCAAAGAUCAAGAUUCAGAAUAGAUUCUUAAUGAUCGAUGCA